AUGCUGAGCUGGAAACUAGUGGGGCUCCUGGCCCUGUGCCUGUGUUCCCAAGGCAUCUCAGGCAGUGGGGACCACCCCUCUCCCUCAUCCGCAGAGACCCUCGAGGAAGAGGACUCCCCGCCAUGGCCUCAGGGCCCUCCAGUCCCUGGGGACCCCUGGCCUGGGCCACCCCCAAUCUUUGAAGAUCCCCCACCUCCAGGUCCUGAUCGCCCCUGGGGAGACCUGCCUCCUACUGGAGUCUGGCCCCCUCAGCCUCCCACAACAGAUCCCCCGAAACCUCCCCUCCCGGAUGACCCAUGGCCAGCAGGACCCCAGCCCCCAGAAAAUCCCUGGCCCCCUGCCCCUGAGAUGGAUCAGGAGGAGCCAGACCUCGACCCGCCCCGGGAGGAGUACAGAUAG